AUGUCUACCACCAAGCAUUUGGUUCUCGUCACCGGUGGAUCUGGAUUUAUCGGAGGUCACUGCAUCCUCAAAUGCCUCGCAGCUGGCUACCGGGUCAGAACGACUGUUCGCUCCCUGACACGGGAAGAGGAAGUGCGGGCUACACUUCGCGCCGCGAACGCAGUCAACCUCGAGGAUCUGUCAUUCGUCGAAGCCGACCUCAACAAAGACGAUGGCUGGGCCGAAGCCGUCAGUGAUUGCACUUAUGUCCUCCACGUCGCGUCACCAUUCCCUGCUGCGACACCCAAGGACGAGAAUGAACUGAUAGAGCCCGCCCGUGAUGGUACCUUACGCGUGCUGCGCGCCGCCCGAGACGCAAAGGUCCUCCGCAUCGUCAUCACAUCCUCAGUCGCAGCCAUCCAUGCAGGUCAGACAAAGGCAGGCGCAAACAAAGUCUUCACCGAGAAAGACUGGACCGAUGUCGACGCACCUGGGGUCAAUGCCUACGAGAAGAGCAAAACUUUAGCUGAGGAGGCUGCGUGGACCUUUAUUCGUGGCGAGGGCGAGGGCCUCCAGUUGUCCGUUGUCAACCCUGUUCUGGUCAUGGGACCUGUUCUUGCUCCAGACACGUCUACGUCCAUUGAAGUUAUCAGCCGCCUGAUGAAUGGCGCAGUCCCAGGCUGUCCCAACCUGAGUUUGGGCGUUGUGGAUGUUCGAGAUGUUGCUGACCUGCAUAUUCUCGCAAUGGAGCACCCCAAGGCCAACAGUGAACGUUUCCUGUGCAUGGCACCACCUGCAAUGAGCAUUAAGGAUAUGUCAAUGGCUCUGCGGGAGAGCUUGGGGGACAAAGCGAAGAAGUGCCCGACGCGAGGUAUCCCAAAUAUCAUUAUGAAGCUACUGGGACUAUUCGACCCGGCUAUUGCCAUGGUGGUUCCUCAGCUGAGCCAAACCUUUGUAGCAUCCAAUGAGAAGGCUACCAGUUUGCUGGGAUGGGCACCCCGGUCCAAUGUCGAAGCUGUUGUUGCCACAGGAGAGAGUCUCAUGAAAUUGGGGCUUGUCAAGGUUUAA